UCCUGCGGCUGCCGCCCGGAGGGUCUCAGAGCCCUCCGCCAGUCUCCGCGCAGCACUUUCGGCGCGAAUUUGGGGGCGGCGGCCACGGUGCAUCUGGCGCCAGCGACAAGGAGGAGCUUCCAGCGGCGUCGCACGCAGCCGCCGGGGACGCGGGGCCGGGCGCCGCGGACAGUGAGGGGACCGGCGGUCGUGUCGGACUCCCGGGGACGCAGCGCCCUGCUCGGCUCCCCCGGGCCACAUCUAGGGAGAAGGGAUCGUGUCCGUGCCACCUCGCUUCGGCUCCCGCUUGCCCCGGGCUCGGGGACCCGAUGCGACAGGCUCCACGGGACGGAGGGCAGCGCGCUGCGGAGAGCGGAGAGCCCCGGCCGUGGAGUCCCGCACAUGCCUCUGCCGUCACCGCACCCGGGCCUCGGCGGCACUUGCAAGGGAAGCAGCAACGUACCCCCGUCAUCUUGGAUUAUUUCCAGUACCAAGACCUCCACAUGUCAGCAGUAGACUCCUGAUGCGUUCCAUCCUCCUCCAUCUCUCCUCACUACGUUUUUCAGAAAGAGAGGGCCUUCGGGAAACACACCCUUAAAGUGCAGGCAGGCCAGCCAUGAGAGGGUACCUCGUGGCCAUCUUCUUGAGUUCCGUCUUCCUCUAUUAUGUGCUACACUGUAUCCUGUGGGGAACGAAUGGCUAUUGGGUACCACUCGUGGAAAUGAAGAGCAAAACCAUCAAGCCUUGUUCAAAGGAGCCGGCUUUCGCAUCUCUGCUGAGGUUUCCUCAGUUUUACCCAUUUCUGUGUGCAUCUGAUUUUGCAAAGAUUGCUUCCGCGUACGGUACCAAUAACUUUGUUCUGCCCUAUGGGAUAAAGGCAUCAGGGGAAUAUUUUCGAGUUGUCCUUUCAAAACUGAAGAGUUGUGAUGUCUUUGAUGAGCCUGACAAUGUGCCGUGUAAGAGGUGUGUGGUGGUUGGUAAUGGAGGAGUGUUGAAGAAUAAGACACUAGGAGAAAAAAUCGACUCCUAUGAUGUGAUAAUAAGAAUGAAUAAUGGUCCUGUUUUAGGACAUGAAGAGGAUGUUGGGAGAAGGACAACCUUCAGGCUUUUUUAUCCAGAGUCUGUCUUUUCAGACCCCACUCACAACGAUCCCAAUACUACAGCGGUUCUCAUCGUCUUUAAACCACAGGAUUUAAGGUGGCUCUUGGAAGUGAUGAUUGGUCGCAACAUAAACACUAAUGGUUUUUGGAAGAAGCCAGCCUUAAACUUGAUCUAUAAACAACACCAAAUCAGAAUAUUAGAUCCAUACAUCAUCAGAGAAGCAGCUUAUCAACUGCUUCAUUUUCCCACAGUGUUUCCCAAAGGUCAGAAACCCAAACACCCUACGACAGGAAUUAUUGCCAUCACACUGGCAUUUCACAUAUGCAGUGAAAUUCACCUCGCUGGUUUUAAGUACAGCUUUUACAACCCAAAUGGUCCUUUACACUACUAUGGAAAUGCCACUAUGUCUUUGAUGAAUAAGAAUGCAUAUCACAAUGUGACAGCAGAACAGCUCUUUUUAAAGAGCAUUAUAGAGAAAAAUAUGGUAAUCAACUUGACUCAAGAUUGACCAUACAGAUUCAAAAGAUGACGCUAAACAGUAUUAGUUUUAUUUUUGUACUGCAAAUUUUAGUUUAUUUUUAAAUAUGUUGGAUGAACUCAUCAAAUAAUUAUGUGUAUUAAAUCUGUUGCUGCCUGGUGAUUUAUAACCACCAGCUUAAUUUCUGUGAAUAUAUUUAUGAAAUACAAAAAACUUUUAGUUAAGAUAUCAAGGAAAUAUAAAGUUUUGAUUGUGUUGUUUUUAAGACAAGCUACUGUUUUGAGGUGUUUUAAAAUUCCUUUUGGUAGUUCCUUCAUCUUAGAGUUCCAGGCGCUUUAGCUAAUGUCCCUAGUUCUGAUGUUCACGUGUCAUUCUGAGACAAUUAUUUGUUAUGAUUUGUUAUUCCUGGCAUAUGACUGGGGGCCGGGGCAGAAAACUAGAACCACUUGUUGUGGAAGUCCAUGGUGUGUUCAUUGUAGUUUAAUUAAGUUCCCCAUGCAAUUAAUUAAGCCAGUAAUAUCUUGCAGUGUUCGGGAGUAAACCAGAGCCUUUCUUGUACAUGCUAGAUAGACAACACUCUCACCCUGA